GCAUCACCGUCUAUUUGGAACCCGUUCAAAAAAUCCUCGAAGGAAGCCACAUUCACAAUAGGAAGUGAUGAUUGUGUUCGACGGAGUCUUGAUGAACCGUACUGCAAUGGUAUCCUGAGAGCGAACGUCCCUUACAAAGUAAAACUCCGAGCAUACAUGGACACAAACGUCGCCAUGGAAAGCGAAUGGAUAAGUAUAGAUGGCCAGGUAGACGACGAUGAAGAGGAAGGCAAAAACGGUAAUCGAUAA